UAUUGUUAUCGUUUCCUGAUUUCCUCUAUCAUUGUUUCUCUCUCAUUCUCCCUAAUUACGAACCCUCCGAUUCCAGUUCUCUCUGGCUCAGGUCUUCGCACGCGCUCGCUCUCGCCGUUGCUCGCCGGCUUGGAAUCUGAAACCCUACCUCGUUCGCCGGAGGUCGGCCGGCCGUUGAUUUCGCUGUGUCAGAGCGAUCCCUCUUUCGAACCGGAAGUUCCAAUCAGGCGUUGGUAGAUCUCUCUGGUCGUCGUUCCUGUGGACGAUCGGGAACUUCAAUUCUGUUCCGCUUCUUCUGAUCGGUGCUCUUCCGUUGUUUCCAUGGCUGAACGAAAGAUAGAUCUGGCACGUAUUGCACUGACGAAACCUAGUCCUGAGGCUUGGGGCGGCAAAGGUUACGCUCCCGGAGUGCUUGACGAGGAAAAGGCUAUCAUGGGCUCGCUUGACGACUCAAAAGAUCAACUGACUUCAGAGAACAGUUUUCCUUUAUCACCGCAGUGGUUGUAUUCUAAAAAUCCUGAAAGCAAGGUUGGCAGUUCUGCCGCAUCUGGGGAUACUCGCCUGCCAAAUUCCCUUUCACAUGGAACCUCUGCAGACUCAGUUCAGAAAGAUUCUUGGCGUCUGGAUGGGCCUCCAGACAAAAAGGAUUGGAGAAGGAUUGUUCCUGAUGUUGAGAAUAGCCGACGUUGGCGUGAUGAGGAAAGAGAGACUGGUUCGCUUGUUAGGAGAGAUCGUAAGAAAGAAAGUGAUCGUGAAAUUGAUCACAGAAAAAAUGACCGACGCUCUGAAAAUGUUUCAGCAAGAGAUUCUGGUGAAUCUAGGAGUCUGCCCUCCUCUGACCGAUGGAAUGAUGUUGCAGGUCGUAGCACUGGCCUUGAGAUCCGGCGUGAUAGUAAAUGGUCAUCAAGAUGGGGGCCAGAGGAGAAGGACUCGCGUACUGAGAGAAAAAUGGACGCUGACAAGGAGGACCAAAUUGCUGAAAAGCAAACGUUUCUCGGUAGUAGCCGCCCAUCUGAAUCUGAAACCCGCGACAAAUGGAGGCCACGCCAUCGCAUGGAGGUUCAUUCUGGUGCAUCUACAGUUUAUCGUGCUGCUCCAGGAUUUGGUUUGGAUAGAGGGCGGUCAGAAGCUUCGCAAGUUGGAUUUGCUCUUGGAAGGGGCAGGGGAAGCCUUCUGGGAGGUUUGUCUCAGCACAGGACAUCCUCAGCUGGCCCCAUUGGUGCUGUGCCUUUAAGUAGGAGUUAUGUUGAACAAGGGAGAUCUGGUUUAUUUGCCGAGAUGUUUCGCUACCCAAGGGGUAAACUUCUCGACAUUUAUAGGAAGCAGAAGAUGCUACCAGAUUUUGAAAUUGCUCCUGAUGGUUUUGAUACUCCUGUAACACAAACAAAGUCUAUAGCACCGUUAGCCUUUGUCUCACCAGAUGCUACUGAGGAGGCCCUUUUAGAAGACAUAUCAAAAGGAAAGUUCACUGGAAGUGAAGUGUCAUACAGUGCAAGCAGAGAGCUGAAAGCGAGGACUGAUAACAGUGAGAUAGAUACGAACUGUGAGGCUAAGUCAUAUGCUUUUCUUUCUGCUGCUGAUGCUUCCACCAAAGAUACUGAUUAUGUUCCUGUGGCAUCUGGAGUUAGUUUGAACACUUUAUUUAGUGAUACAAAAUUCGAUGAUGGGACUUGCAAAGGUUCUGAUCAUCCUGUGAUGGAGCAUUAUCAACUGGAGCCAAAGCAGGACUUCGGUGAGAAGGAUGUUAAGGAUGCUUAUUGUUUGCAGUAUCCUUGCGAGGGUUCAAUGAUUGAAGGAACAAUGGCAGCUGAUGCUUAUGAUGUUAGUAUUAAAUUACCUGAUGAUUCAAGUUCUUUAUUUGAGACUUCAUUUACCGAGGAAACUCCAAGAAAUAUGGGAGAGAAACAUGAGAAUAGUGAAGUGAGACAUAUGGAGAUGACCUCUCAUGAAGAAUUGAGUUUUUUCUAUCGGGAUCCUCAAGGAGACAUUCAGGGACCAUUUUUGGGUGUUGAUAUAAUUUCGUGGUUUGAGCAGGGUUUUUUUGGUUUGGAUUUACCUGUUUGUUUAACGGAUGCUGCAGAAGGUGCGCCAUUCAGGCCAUUAGGUGAAGUGAUGCCGCACCUGAAGUUCAGGUUCAAUUCCACUACGGAAGUUUAUUCACGCGAGCUCUCUGAUGCUCUGGAUGUUGCAAAUGAUAAAUUUGAGGUUAUCGGCUCACAAGAUUCUAAUUUUGGUGACCAAAGAUUGACAACAGCUGCAGCUGUCUCUGAAUCAAUGGUCGGUCAUGAAUUUCAACCUAGAAUAUUAGAUUUAAGAGGCUACAUGGAACCUCCAACUGGGAGGACAUUGGUUUCAGAUCUCGAAACUUCUAUCAAUAUUCCAGCUUCUGAAAGUCAUACCCUUCAUGAUUUUCCAGGACAUGAUGCUGAAGAAGUUCUAUAUACUGGAAGACGCAUUAAUGAAAUUGAGAAAUCUUUAGAGAAGGCAGUUAAUGUUGACUCUGAGUUCUCUCGCUCUAAUCUUGGCCACCAGUUUCUGGCAAGUGAAAUUGGACAACCUCAUACCACUAGUCAUAAGAAUCCAAGCGAUAAUGAUAUUAAUCAACUUGGAUUGCUAUGGUCUGAGUUGGAAGGUUCACAUUCUAGACAUCCCAUAUCAUCCACUGUGGCCGGUUUAGAUGACCAAAUCCACAAUCUUAAUCCUUCAGCUUUAGACUCCCUACUGUAUGCACAUAAACAGGACCAGUUUAAUUCUUCUAAUAAGCAACCUUUUGCACAUGAUGCAUGGCCUGGUGCUUCCAUUCAAAGCAAUAGGUCAAGUAAAAUUCAAGAUGGAAUGGAUGCUGCUCGUUUUCAGCAUUUUGAAGAUGAAUUUAACCAUCUUGGUCUUCAAGACCAGCUACUGCUUCAUCAGUUUCAAAAACAGCAACUUCAGAAACAUCUCCCUUCUCCUCAUCAACACAUGCAUUUAGGCGAACAAUUUGUGGUACCAGAGCAGGGUUCUCUGCACAACAGAGCUGGCAAUCAGUCCAUGCUUGAUUUUGAGCAUCUAUUUAAGCUGCAGCUCCAAGAACAGCACCACCUUCAGCGUUUACACGAGCAGCAGCAACUGCAGCAACAACAGCAGCAAUUGCAGCAGCAACAACAGCAGCAAUUGCAACAGCAAAAACUUUAUCAGCAAAUGCAUUUACUCAAGCAGCAGCAGCAACAAGAACAGCAACAACAGAUGCUGAUUGAGCAUCUGCUGCAGCGGCAAGCACAUGAUCCUCUUCUUCGGGAUGGCUCCCUUGACCAAAUCUUAUUGCGACAGCACCUUUUGAGAGAGAGAGAGCUUCAGCCUCAGCAUAUCCAGAGGAAUCAGGAUCUAGUGUUUGAGCAGCUUUUGCAAGCAAAACUUGGCCACAAUCUUCACCAUGAGCAUCACAAUGAUUUGUUGGAUGUCCUCUCUCAUCAGAACCGUAGGCCUUGGCUUUCUAUGGAAGAACAAAUUCUUUUGAACCUUCAGGAGGAGGAGCUGCAGGCAAGGCGGUUAUCUCUUGCUUCUAGGCAAAAACGAAGCAUUGAAGAAGACAGACAUGUUGGUGGUGUCUGGUCUGUGGAUGAAUCAGGUCAAUUCGUGAGGACAUCUGCUAGCAAUCACCACCCUCAUUUGAACAGACUUAUUAACCAGACGGACUUUAUUCAAUCUCUGCAGCAGCCUUCACCAUUUGAUCAAGCAAGCCUACCUGAGCAGAACCUCAUGUUACAUGAGCUCAUGCAGCAGAAUCCUUAUGAAAGAAACACACAUCCUUUUGAUAGUUCAAUUCAUAUUCCUCGCAACCCUUCCGAGCCAAAUGCAGAUGUUUUAAGUGCAAUAGCUCGGUUGCAGGGGUUGGAUAUGACAGAAAUCCCUGGUCACAUGCAGGCAAGGCAGUUCCAUCCUGUUAAUAGUUCUCAUGAACAUCAUAUUUCAAAUCAAUUGUUUAGACCUCGUUUGGACGUGAUGGAUACCCAGUGGGUUGAAUCAAAUGAGCAGCGAGCUAAUAACAUGAUUGAAGCACAGUUAAACCAGCUUCACUUUGAAGCCGAGAGGCAGAAGCGGGAUAUGAGAGGAAGUCUAUUUAACAUGGAAUCAAAUUCAUGGGCAGCACUUGCUGGAAAUGAGAACUCGAAGCAUGGAAUAGAUGAAUUUUUCCAGCAGCAAUUGGCUCUCCAACCUUCACAGCCUUUAGAGUUGGUUGAUAAUGCUGCUUCAUCCUUCGACGAUAGGGAUGCCAACUGGUUUACAAACUCUUCCUUGGAUAAUUCGUUUAAGGUUACUGCAGAAAAUGCUUCCUUACGUGAUUCUUUUGCUGAGGGUUCCAAUUUAAAGAAGUCGUUUAUGCAGCAGGAUGGAAUGGUGCAUUCAAGUGUGGAAAUCGAAGCUGGUAACUAUGAUAUUAGUGGAGAGUUACCUUUAAGAUCUAGAUCUAACUUUUCCAUUGAGCAGAACCAGUUCUUUCCUGAAGUAGAUGAGAUCGAGAAGGAACAAGCUGUGGAUCCUGUUAUUAAUGAUUGUUCUGGUGAUAGGGUUGAUUUCUCAGAUUUUAAGGAUGGGAAGAGGUUGAAGCAACGUGGUGCAAGGGUUAAGCGCGGUACAAAGGUUAAGGCACCAAGCAAUCCUGAUCAAGCUGUUGGAUCCCUUCCAGAUGAUCAUGAGGUGAAAGGCAAUGCGCCUAUUAGACAUACUUCAUUGGGCAGCAAUGCCGGAGGCUUGAACUUCUACAAUUAUGAAACGGGCACGGAUAAUGUUUAUAGUGAAGGGACGUCCACCAGCAGAUCGCUGAGAAUUCUUGAUAGAGGAUCGGACAGUUCCUCCCUAACUCUAUCAACUCAAGCUUCUCUGUCUGAAUUUAACUCUGCCCCCAGCAUGGAAGGAAAGAAUCCGUCUGGUUUUCCAUCUUCUGAAGCAACUGCUUCUGGCGUCCUAAAGGAUCUGAGGUUCCGUAGGACCUCCUCCAACGACAUUGAUAUCAGCGAGGCUUCCUUCAUCGACAUUAUCAAAAGCUCUAAGAAACCUGCAGAAUCUGAAACUCAUCCCAGCGCUCACGAUCUCUUGGAAUCCGGACAUGGAGCGAAGAGUGUAAAGAAGAAAGGCAAGAAGGGGAGGCAGAUAGAUCCCUCCCUCCUUGGAUUCAAAGUCCACAGCAACCGCAUCAUGAUGGGUGAGAUUCAACGCCCUGAUGAUUGAUUCAUCUUUUUUUUUCACGAUAUAUAUCUAUUGUAAAUAAAUGUCAAAUUUUCUUCUUCUUUUUUUCCUUUCUAUUUAUUCUAUGAACUGUUGCGGCUGUAAAGAUGGGAGGGUUCAGUUUUCCUAAUCACAAGAGCCCUUGCAAUGAGUUCAAUAAAUGAUUUUGAUAUAUGAGUGUAAAGU